AUGACGAUCUUGAGCGACGAGCUGAACUGUCAGCAGGAUCCCGAGAGCGUCUUCUACGUCCAUGCAGGCAAUGGGUGGGGAUCCUUCCCGGAGGCAGUCGCCAUGGGGACUGAGCAGAAGGGCUACACGGGCGCCGCACCAAAGAUUUAUGUGGGCUCCUUCGACAGCGUUGAGCAGAAGGAUGGUGACAAGAGCUUCCGGCUGAGAAGUCGAGGCUCCGACCCCGCUUGGGUGAGGGUCGAG